AUGGCGGUGGAGCUCGCAGGCGUCGCCUCCUUUGUCAACUAUCGGUGUCGCAUCAUCGAGGUGGCAGCUGACGGCGAGGAGGUCUUGCGUGGUGUAGAGACGGUCAAUGUUGAAGACAGUUUGGCCUCAUUCGCCGAUACGCUUGCUCGACGUUUUAACCACCCCCUUAACGCCUUGAAGCUGGAACUGAUGCACAGCCCCAAUGACAUCGAGGAGAUUGAUGUGACCAGCCUUGACCCCUUGAGCUCCCUCAAUCUGCACGUCGAGCCCAUCCACACCUUUCGCGUUUCUGUGCGUGGUGGCGAUGGAGAUGAAUAUGAUGCAAAAGAGACUGAAACGGGAAAGCAGCUGGGCCAAAGGCGACAGCGCGAUCCAGAGGACUCUCUCACAGAGGAGGGUGGCCUUUCAACAAGGCGCCGCAGUAGUGAUGACGACGACCUCACCCAGGGCUCAACCAAAACUCGACGCACGGGAUGGUCAGGCGAGAAAGAUGGCUAUACUACAGGAACUUCCACCUCCACUGGCACCACGACAAAUGGCGUUACUUAUGGUCCAGCUUCCCCUUAUACGUCAUCAUCCUAUUCGUCCUACUCAUCUCACCGGGCAGCGGGUUACGUCGGGCUAGCCAACCAAGGCGCCACUUGCUAUCUCAACAGCCUGCUUCAAAGUCUUUACAUGACGCCCGAAUUUCGAAAUGCGUUGUAUCGCUGGCAGCCGGAGGGGGGUGCCGAAGCAGAGACUUCCAGUAUCCCGCUGGAGUUACAACGCCUCUUUUUGACUCUGCAGGAAGGCAAGGUGUCAUACGCAGAGACCACCGCAGUAACCAAGUCAUUUGGUUGGGAUGGAGCCGAAGCCUUUCAGCAGCACGACGUUCAGGAGCUCUUGCGCGUUCUUUUUGACGCUCUGGAAACGGAAUGGACUGAUACGCCGUUGGCCAAAACCAUUCAAGACCUGUAUCAGGGCGAACUGAAGGACUACGUCCGCUGUUUAGCUUGCGGGAACGAGUCGGCUCGAAACGACAAAUUCAUGGAUGUCCCCUUGGUCAUCCGUCCUUUUGGCAGCGAGGACUGUUUGGGAUCAGUUCAGGAAAGCCUCGACAAGUUUAUUGAGGUCGAGCGUCUUGACCACCAUCCCAGCCCCGACGCGCCCUAUGCGCGCCUUUCAGGCUUAACGCUCAAUCGUGGCUGGCUAUGGAUGCUGUUUUGUCUGCAGGGUGAUAAUCAGUACGAGUGCUCGCACUGCAAGUGCAAGCAAGACGCCGACAAAGGCCUCAAAUUUGCCCAGUUGCCCUACAUCCUGACUUUUCAAAUCAAGCGUUUCGACUUUGAUUACGUUUAUUUUCGCCGCAUUAAGCUCAACGACAAAUUUUCCUUCCCAUUGGAGCUUGACAUGUCCAGUUACAUGCCGCGUUCUUCAGCGGCCGCAGAAGGUGACGCAGACACCUCCACGGAAGACGCCCUUGGCAUGCACGACAGCGAGCCAGGUGUUGCAGACAACGGCGGCCAGAAGGGCCAGGGGGCAGGUGAUGGUGCUGGUGAAACGGUUGUCGAGCCCUUUGACGAGAGCGAAGCGACCAACUCAUCUGAUGAUGAAGGCGCAGAGUCCGAUCCGCCCGCGUAUUCGCGUCUGCCCACCACGAGCGAUGCAUUGACUGAGGAUCCCUUUGAAGGUGAUGCGGCUGCUCGUCAACAGGCUUUGAAGAACGGGAUGCUGUACGAGCUCUUCUCCAUCAUGAUUCACUCAGGCUCAGCACUUGGUGGUCACUACUAUGCCUACAUCAAAGAUUUCAAGACAGGCAAAUGGCUUUGCUUCAACGACAGCAGCGUGACGGAGAUUGAUGUCAGUUUUGUUCUCUCACCUGGCCCCAGCAUGACCAUGUCGAGUCUUGAAAAGCGAUCGCUCACCCUAUGCGAGCCCCCAUUGCAGUUUGAGCGAUUGCGUGGCGCAUUCGGCGGCGCCAGCAUGCCGCGAUAUGGCUCGUCCAUGUAUUCAUCCUCUUCAAGUGGCUAUAUGCUGCUCUACCGCCGCGUGGACUCAGACCGCAACGAGUUGCCUGUGGCAAUGUCGGAUUUGCCGCCGGAGCUGUUGGAGCAGCGCGAUGCUUCUCGACGCGCGCAGCAAGCAGCUGAAGCGGAAGAAAAGGCCAAGCGCAAUCAAGUGGAGCUAAGCACCUACUUCUGCAAAUUUGGUGCGGCAAGCGACGACAAGAAGAUCAUCUCGGUUGAUCGAUUAUCCUCGACAGCGGACGCCUUUGUCAAAGCGCUGGAGGCCUGGGAGAUUCCCGAGUCGGUACCACGCUCACAUUUCCGCAUUUUCAAGUACACACCCUACAACGAAUCAAUCAGUGACGAGCUUCAGAUCAGCGAUGAUCUAACAAUUGAGAAGGCCGGCAUGCGGGUGUACUCUGCCUCCAAUGUCUUAAUUGUCCAAGCAAAUGACGAGGGGAAUUUCGAGCCGCUCGUGGUACCGGGCGUGCGCAUCACCAUGACCGUUUACCGAAGCAAGACGCACUCUUGGUUGCCUCCAGUCAAGUUCUGUUUGCCCAAAAACGGCAAUACAUCGGGCAUUGUUGAGCGACUUUGCCAGUUUUAUCAUUGCGAUGCGGAAAUCGUUCGCAUUUGCCAGGGUGAAGGUAUUGUGUGUGUGUGUGUGUGUGUGUGUGUGUGUGUGUGUGUGUGUGUGUGUGUGCAAUCCCAUGAAGACGUGUAUCGCGCCAUGCAUGAGCCCUCCUGUUUGAAGAAGAACAUUUCUUUCACCAUGGCGGGCAUUUAUGGUGGCGAUAACCUUUUCGCUGAUCUCGAGCCAGCUGAGGAGGAUCUUGGCGAACUGCCGUUCAAAGAAACCACCUUUUACAAGGCCGUGGAGACGUUGCGCCACACGGUGGAAUUUGAGAUUGAGCUUCCGCACGGCGACGUGAAAACCAUGGUGAUUGACACUCGAGACACCCUGCAGACUUUCAAGGAGCGUAUUCGCGAGGCGUUUUUGUCGGACAAGGAGCUGGAUGAUUUCCAGAUGUGGUAUUUCCGCUCCCUGCACAGUCGCUCAGAGAUACAGAUUCAAAAGCUUUCUCAAACCGUCGAUGCGGCUGGGGUGGAUAUUUCAAAGAAGGUUUUUAUCAAGGAGGGCAAGCCGCUCAAGGAGGGGGAAAGCCAUGUGGAUUUUUUCCUCAUGAGUGAUGACCACAAUCGGUCACUGAUUCCACUUAGCGGCCAAGUGCCUCUGCAGGAAAGGAGUGAUGCCGAUGCCAUGUUCGAGAUGGUGCGGGGUCUCAUCCGUGCCAAGGCUGCAGAGAUUGAGGAACAGCGUGCCAAGGAGGAGUCCUCGGCCCCGUCGGGUACAACGAGCGAUGUGUCUGAGGCCGCGACUCCCGCUGCAACCGAUUCACCUGCCGGCGAGCGCGCCGACGAGACGGAUUUGAUGAUUACUCUGGAAACGCAACGUCAGCGCGAUGAUUGGAUCCUUGAGCAUGCCCAAAACCUCGAGCAUAUGCGCAUUUGGGAGACGUCAUCACAGUUGCAGCUGCGGACCGUGUACCAGCCUGGCGACAAGAUUGGCUUGCUCUAUGAUGGAAAAAAAUUUCUUGUCGAGGCACGCGUGCUUCUUUUGGACGAGGAUGUUCACACGGCUCAAGGCGAAAUUAUUGUGUUUUACCGUCAAUGGGAUGCUACUCGCUAUCGUUUGGGUCCUCUUUGUGACAUGGUCAUCUCGUCGAGCCUGUCAAUCGAGCAGCUCCUGGAAAAAGUGUCUGAGCUCUAUGAUAUUCCGGUGCCGGAGCUGAACAUCCAAGCGGGGCCCACAUGCUACCCAUAUAUUGAGCGCCCUUCACGAGCCAGUUAUUUUCCGCCUCGCGUUGCAGCAAUGACGGCCAGUAUCUCGGCCUGGCCACUGUCUCUGUUGGCGCAUGGAAAAUCGUUCUAUUUCAAAGACAAGAGGCAAUCCGUCAAAGAUGUGUCGGACAAGGAUACAGCAGUGCUCGACCGCCGCUGGAUGACGAUGGAGAGCCGCAUUCAGCAUAUGGUGGCGUCCACCUCCAGCUAUGUUGCACGCCCUGAAGUGGGCGUCAAGAUCAAGACGAGCAAGCAGCGACGUACGGCCAGCAAUGACGUGGACGAGGCCACUGACAGCAAAGUGGGUGUGGAGCUGAAAAGCAACAAUCAAGUGGAUGAGGCCACCGGGGCUGAGCGGGAUGACUUUGAUCCGAACAUGGCCAAGCACCGCAAGUUUGACAACCCAUACCACAAUCCAGGGGCUGCCAAGCGUGGCUGGUCUCAGGGUAGUGUUGGUUGGGGAGUCCAGGGCUACUUUGGCUCACAGGAGGCUGACUCAGCCAACGCCAACCUUCAGCCCCGUAAGUUUGAGCUUGUGAAGGACAAAUUUGGGCGAUGGAUCAACCCCAACAAAAAAGGCAAAGCCAAGCCGCGAAGCGAUCGAGCGGAGACACUACGCCAAAUGCACCAUCUGCGUCGCACCGACAAGCUUCCUCUGAUGAUGUGGACGAAUUUGGACGGCGCCGGCGUCACAGUCCCCCAAGGCGUGGCUCAAGCCGUAGCCCGGAGCCUUCUCGACGAGGCAGACGUCAUGGGCCUGGCGACCGCGAAAGUCCUGAGCGGCGUGAUCGGCGAGACCGUGCUGACCACGAUCGUCGCGACCACCGCGCCGGCCGUUACUCUGACCGGCACGACCGUCGUGACCUUGAUGAGAAAAGUGUGCGGGGUCGGCACCGGCAGGAUGAGGACUAUGAUCGUCGCCCAUACGGACAUGGACACGGACGUGACGAUGAUCGUGAGCGGGGCCGAAGGUCGCACGAACGUGAUGAGGGUCGAAGGGAGCGGUGCACCCAAGCGCAAAAAGCGUUGGGAUCCUGAGUGGGGGGAAUGGCGCUAA